AUGAAACCAAAAGAAUUUUUUAUAUUUAUUUUAUUAAUUAUAUCAACAUAUGCCAUAGAAGAAGAUAUCUUCAAUCACGUAAAUUUUAAAUAUGCAGCACAUCAAAGGUAUAAAAGAACAUUAUCAUCACAAAAAAGAGAAUCAGGAUUAGAUUUAAAUGUAUCAGUACCCUAUAUAUUUUCUGCACGUUUAUAUCAAUAUGGAAUAGAACAUAAUGAUUAUGAAAUGACAAAAAAUGUAGAGGAUUUAUUUUUAUCAACACCAUUAUAUUUAUUAGGUAUACAAUAUGAUAAAAUUUAUAUAUCAAGAGAUGGUGCUAUAUCAUUUAAUAGUAAUCCUAUUGGUGAACCAAGAAGUUUUCCUCUUGAAAAUCCAUUAAUUGCUAUAUAUUGGAUGAAAUCAAAAGGUGGUAAAGUAUGGUUUCGUGAAACAAGAGAUCCUAAUAUUCUUGAAUCUACACGUAAUGAAGUUAAUAUACAAUAUAAAUAUGGAAAAGAUUAUAAACCUGAUUCUGUUGUUAUAAUUACAUGGGAAAAUACUCAAGAAAUUAAUACUAAUAAUGAUGAAGGAAAUCUUUUUCAGAUAGCAUUAAUAUUAUCUGAAAAAUAUGGAACAUUUGCACAUAUUGUUUAUAGUAAACUUUCUACUAAUAAAGAUGCUAUUAUUGGUUUUCAUGGUGAACCUGGUCUUCAUUAUUUAACUCUUCCUGGUAGUGGUACAGAAGAUGCCAUUUUAUUGGGUGACAAAAGUGAUAUAGGAAUACCUGGUGAAUGGCUUUUUAGAAUUGAUGCUGAUGAUCAAAUUUAUCUUUGUGGUGCUGGUUCAAAAGGUAUAGAAUGUGUUGAGGCAUGUUCACCAAGUCAAUGGUAUAUGGAUUGUACCAGAGAAUGCCAUUGUGAAUCAAAUGUUUCAUGUGAUUCAAAUGAUGGUCAUUGCCCAGCAGGUAGAUGUAAUAAAGGAUGGCGUGGUGCACCUAUAUGUGAUCGUGAUAUUGAUGAAUGUUUUGAAAAUAAACAUAUAUGUUCAACUGAAACUCCUGAUUGUAUUAAUACACCUGGAGCAUAUAUUUGUUUAUGUCUUGAUUAUAAUAAUUCAACAAAAUCAUGUAAUCCACCUAUAGAAAAAGUAAUGAAACAAUUUGAUGAUAAAUCUUCUUCACAUUUGUCAAUUCCUGAAAAAGGAAUAAAUAAAUUAAAUGAAGAAUUUGUUGAUACUACUAGUAUGAUAUCACAGUAG